AUGACAGCAAAGUAUGAUCACAUAGACGAUCCAACGGGUAAAUCCAAAGCCGACUCUCAGCAUAUCAACGUUUUGACAAGAUCUCAUCUAGUUGAAGCUUUUCAUUUUCUUAUAUGCGCAGGUGGUAUUCUUCUGUGUUACUUCUAUUUUGGAAUUCAGCAGGAACGGAUCGUGCAAGGAAAAUAUGAAAACGGAGAGAAGUUCACUUACACUCAAGCUUUGGUGUUCUUCCUAUGUGUAGCAAACACAAUUUUUGCCUGGGUUCUUCGUCCCAAGCGUGACGUCGAUACGGUUCCCACAAAAAUUAAUCAGGCACUUCAGUAUUUACCGUAUCCCACUCAGGUUCUAGCAAAAUCCUGCAAACCAAUUCCUGUGCUGAUUUUUGGCGUUCUCUUUGCUGGAAAGAGGUACUCAUGGAGAAAAUAUGUGUUUAUUAUCAUGAUCGUAGUAGGAGUGGCGAUGUUCCUCUAUAAGGAUAAAAAGUCAUCCACCGAGAAACAAAUAGGAAUCGGUGAAGUGUUAUUGUUAUUGUCAUUAACUAUGGAUGGGACUACUACAUCAAUUCAAGAUAGAAUCAAUAUAAGCUAUAAGCGGAGCACCCUCAGUAUGAUGUUCUUCAUGAAUUUUUUCUCAACAAUAUAUCUAAUGAUCGGGUUAUUCGUCACCGGAGAACUUUUCGAAUUUAUUGGAUUUGUGCAACGCCAUCCUCAUGUUUUGUUUGAGCUGUGUUUUGUUGCUGCUUCCAGUUGUGGAGGACAGUAUUUCAUCUUCAAAACAAUCAGUGAAUUCUCUCCACUCACUUGUUCGGUGAUCACUACCACACGAAAGUUGUUCACAAUUAUCAUAUCUGUGGUGUUCAUGAAUCAUCCGUUGCUGGAGCGACAGAAAUGGGCGACCUUCAUCGUGUUCUCAGGACUCAUUAUGGACGCAGUGGAUAGCAAGUUCUCAAAAAAACGACCCCAUCCUAAGUAG